UUGCCGGCAAUGCGAAAUAUAAACAAAACAAUUUGCGAGUUAGCUUUUUAAUUUAAUUUGCUUUGUUUUGUAACAAAGUUCUUAUUAAAAUGGCAUCUGCCGAGGUACAUCCUGAAUUGACGGAAGUAUCACGGCAAGAAGAGGACCCACCCACUGAGAACUUGGAACCCCAGACUGCGUCGGAUGCAAAGCCGUCGGAAAAGCUUUACGACAUCAACAGAAUCCGAGCCUUCAAGGAUGUUCCAUUCGUAAUAGAACGUGUGGAGACCGAGGACAUGAUCCUGACGUAUGGCACUGCGGCAAAAGAAGUACAGACGGUGCUCCAAUUCCUGCGACAGAAGAUUCCUCCCGGUUCAGGAAUCGCCCUUCGCAUCACAGAGCACACACCAGCUUCUUGUCUUCUGAUUCUUACUAUACUCAACCACAAGUGUCACUUCUUUCCCACGGACAAGAUGAUGCUCUCCCGGGAGCUGCACGAUCAGAUGUGCGCAGCCGGGGUGGACUUUGUUCUGGUCAAUAAACAUUUGACUGUGGCACCUUUACACUUUACGCAUCUGUUUACCAUAAUGUUGUUAAAGGAGGUCUGCAAGAUGUACAUGGUGAAGAACAAAUCCACUGUAUCCGCCAAGAAACCCCUGCCCGCCAAUAUGUGCUAUACCAUCACUACCACUGGAAGCACAGGAAGCCCGAAAAUAAUACAUGUGCCUUACGAAUGCAUCGCCCCCAACAUAGUGGCGCUCAGCCAGAAGCUAAACGUCUCUAUGGCCGACAUAAUUUACCUGGGCACACCCUGCACCUUCGAUCCCUUCGUGGUGGAGUUCUUUCUGGCCCUGCAAAAUGGCGCAACUUUACUGAUCAGCCGCCACUCCAUAAGGGACUCUCCUAGCAAGUUGCUAUGUGCCCUUUUUCCCGACAACCUGGCCAAGCCAGGCAUCAGUAUUCUGCAGAUGACGCCGUCGCUGUUCCGCGGAUUUGGAGCCACCUGUAUCAGAGAUAGAGUGUUGAGCAGGUCUAGCUCACUCAGAGUGCUCCUUCUUGGUGGUGAACCGUUUCCCUCGAAUGCUGAGCUCGUUACUUGGAUGGAUCCGAGUGUCCUGCUGCAGAAACACAUUUGCAACAUUUAUGGAAUCACAGAGAUAUCCUGCUGGAGCCACCUGCACAUCGUUCAGUCGCUGCAGACCCCAGUGCCUUUGGGCAAGCCCAUCGACGAGGAUACGGUUAUACGGAUUCAAUUCCAGAACGAUAACGAUUCGGCACUAGGAGAGCUCUAUCUGGGCAGUGCCACGCGGCGUUGCUAUAUACCAGAAAUAGAUGACAAAGUGGAUUCUUCAAAAGACGAUUCCGACAUUUGUUUCAGAGCAACUGGAGAUCUGGUCACUCGAGAGAAGGAUGGUACAUUAUUUUAUGGGGAGAGGUCGAAUGAUAUGGUGAAGAGGGCCGGUAACCGUAUAAGCUUGGGUAUGAUCACUCGCAAAAUACAAAAAUGUCUGCUCAGCAGCGAACUGGCGGCUUGCCUCUGGCUCGAGGAUUUGCAAAAGCUUAUCUGCUGCAUCCGCAGCUUGGAGCCAAAGACCAGAGUUCAACAGCGAGCCCAGACCUUCGACAUUCUGUCCAAGGUGUCGAUGGCAGAGCAGCCAGAUAGAUUUGUCUACCUGCAACACUUUCCCUGCAAUGUUAAUGGCAAACUGGACAAAAAAGAGCUCCUCAAGCUCUGCAUUCCCCUGGCUCAACCCGCUCAACAAAUAUUGAAGAGUUAUCUGCACGACAGACUAGAAUGUGUGGAAAAGACUGAUGAUACUUCGGCGAAGAGGCAGAAAAUCGAGGAAACUGCUCCCUACGGCUAUGACUUGAGCUUUCGCCAUGCGGGUGGCACAUCCUUCCAUGCCAUCACCAUUUGUCGGGAGAUUGGCCUGCAAAUGUGCAUCGAUGAUGAGCAGCGGCACCUGUUUGAGAUGCUUUUGGACGAGAACGUUCCGUUGCGAACAGUUUUGAGGUUCUUGGACACGGCCAAGUUGGUGGCCAACAACGUCAAGCGGAAGCCCGUGGAGACGGCAGCGGCUAGUUCCUGCCAUUCCGGGCUGGUUAUCAAACGAAUUGAACAGCCGGUGCUCAAGCUUCAGUUCUACUGGAAGGUUAACUUCGAGAAGUGCAUAGACUCCCCAGUGAGCGAAUACGAGGGACGCUACAUAUGCGUUGGCGCACAUUCCAAAAUUCUGCGAUCUCUGGAUCCCCAAACGGGCAACGAACUGAGUAUCGUCCGGCUACCCAAUCGCAUUGAGUGCAAGGUUACGUUUCUCAGCGAAAAACUUGCUAUGGUGGGCUGCUACGAUGGUUGUCUAUACGGUUUCAAUCCCCAAACUGGUGACACUAUCUUUUCCGUGGAAAUUGGCGGCAUGAUUAAAUCGCAGCCCCUGCUUACCACCGAUGGUCGUCGAAUCAUUGUAUGCAGCUAUGCGGAGGACUACAAUGUCUAUUGCUUGUCAGCCGAGCAGCAGGAGGUGCUGUGGUGUCAGAAGAUUGGCCAGAAGGCGAUCUUCGCUGGAGCUCUGGAGCUGCCCAGCGAACAGUCGCUCAUCAUCUGUACUUUGGACGGCAGCUGUUCGCGUGUGGCCAUCACUGAUGGCUCUGUGGAGUGGACGCAUAAGUUCAGGGAGCCCAUUUUCUCCACACCUGUCCUUCUGGAAUCCAAGUCCAAUGUCUUUCUGGCCGCCGAAGUGGCUGGCCGUGUUCACGCCUGUCAUGUGGGCAACGGAAAGGUGUUGGCCACCUUCAGCACAGAAGGAAACAUUUUCUCCUCGCUGGUGGUCAAGACCCCACCCACUUUCAUGGGACAUUCCUUUGUCGUCUUCGGUUGUAUCGAUCAACAUGUCUAUUGCUUGCGAUGUAAAAACGGACCAGGCGCAAAAUCUGUUGAAUUUGAUCUACACUGGAAGACGAAUGUGGGUGCCCCUAUUUAUGCCACGCCCAGUCUGCUCACAGUGCAACCGAAUGGAAUUCUUGCUUGGUGCGGCGCCACCGAUGGACGUGUCGUCCUGAUGAACUUCAGAAAUGGCGAGAUUCAGUGGUCAGACAAACUUCCCGGUGAAGUGUUUUCCAGCGCGUGCUAUAUUGAGAGCCUUCGACGGGUGUACGUGGGUUGUCGAGAUAACUUCCUGUACUGUCUGGGCAUCUAGAUAUUCAGGAACAUUUAGAAAAUUCCAUUUUCGAAGUACCUUUAGCCUAACACGGAGGUUAAGUAAUGUGCCUUAUAAUUGAAUUUACAUUUAAAAUAUAAAAUUAGUUUUUAUACAUUUUUGAAAUAAAUGUAGUAUUUAGA